AUGUCGCCCGCCCAGCUCACUACAAAAGAGGGGGUGGCGAGCACCAACUCCUCCUCCAUCAUUCGCGAGCUAGCUCUUGAGUCCUGUCGAGAUACGCACGCAACGUUCUCCUCUCCGACCGGGGUACGUUGUGAGAUACGCACGCCAAGUAGCUACUGUCUCUGCAUGGCUUCCUCUGCAGCCUCAUUUGCUUUGUCCCUCCUGCUCGUUGCCGCCGCUCUGCGCUCCUGCCACGGGCAAGGCGGCGCCGUGGCGGCGAUCUACAGCCUCGGCGACUCCAUCACGGACACGGGGAACCUGGCCAAGGAGGCGCCGCCGGGCGCCUUCGAGACCAUCAAGCACCUCCCCUACGGCCUCACCUUCGGCCGCCCCACCGGCCGAUGCUCCGACGGCCUCCUCAUGAUCGACUUCCUAGCUCAGGACAUGGGCCUCCCGUUCCUCAACCCUUACCUGGCCAAGAACAGAAGCUUCGACCACGGCGCGAACUUUGCCGUCGCCGGAGCCACCGCCAUGGACCCCGCGGACCAGUUCAACGGGAGCUUCUCCAUGCCUUUCACUGCAAAUUCCCUCAAGCUGCAGCUCCGGUGGUUCAAGGACUUCAUGAAGUCCAACUUCAACACCGACCAAGAGAUUCGCAAGAGGCUACAAUCCUCUCUGGUAUUGGUCGGGGAAAUAGGAGGAAACGACUACAACUUCGCCUUCUACGGGAACAAGCCUGUCACUGAGGUGGAGAAGCUAAUCCCAGCUGUGGUUCGGACCAUCAUCAAUGCCACCAAGCAAGUGCUGGACAUGGGCGCGAGCAGAGUCAUCGUCCCGGGCAACUUCCCCAUCGGCUGCCUCCCGAGCUACCUCACCGCGAUGGCCGUGCCGGAGCCGUCCGCCUACGACUCCACGGCCUGCCUCAAGGACCUCAACCUCUUCGCUGCGAAGCACAACGCGCAGCUCCAGCGAGCCGUCGCCGGCCUCCGGGCGUCGUACCCCGACGCGGCCAUCGCCUACGCCGACUACUUCAACUCCUUCCUCAGCCUCCUCAAGGGCGCCCCGGCGCUCGGUUUCGACGAGGAUAGCACGCACAAGGCGUGCUGCGGCGCCGGCGGCAAGUACAACUACGACGUGAGGCGGGCGUGCGGCGUGGAGGGGGCGGCGGUGUGUGCGGACCCGUCGGCGUACGUGAGCUGGGACGGCAUCCACAUGACGCAGGCGGCGUACAAGGCCAUGUCAAGGCUCAUCUACCAUGGGAGGUACCUUCAGCCGCAGAUACUCAGCUUCCCGGAGAAGAAUGGGCAAACAUGA